AACUUUCAACGCAAUUCGGAUAGAGAUGCGCCGGGACGGCGCUAUUCUAAAAGACAAAUCAUGUAGAAAGGACGAAGAAGAAUGAUUUGUGAUGGAUUUAUUUCAGAAUUUUGUCGUUUAAUCUAGGAAUCAUGUUUAGUGAGAAAAAUUUGAACCACUAACAAAUGAUUUCUUGUUAAAAUCUCCCCAAAGUCCUAAAAAAAUUUCAGUUAUUUUUCCUUUGAAUCCACCGGCGAUCUUCAUGCAUCAUUCGGGGAACGCAGCAAAAGUUCAAAAUCUCUCAUUACAUGGCAAAUCCAACAGAAAUUUGAAGAGGAUUUAGCCAACUGAUUUAAAAAUUUGGCAUAGAGUCGUCAAAGUUGUAGAAUUUGCCGUCAAAAGACAAGGGUUGACGGAUUUGAGACGAAAGUUUGACAAAAUUGAAGUUGACAUGACUGAAUUUUUUGUUGAAAAACCGUUGGUGUUGGAAUAGUUUUUGCGAAGCUUGAGUGUAUUGUACUUCAAGUUUAUUUGAAGUAACAUAAGAGACAUUUAUCAUGCGUUUCUGCCCGAUGGCUAAAAAAUGUUAAAGAAUUGCUACUUGAUGGCUACAAAUUGUUUAAGGUUUCCUGUAUUUUGUUAAGAGACGGGGUUUUAUUACGGACUGUUGUUUGAUAAGUUGGGAUCGUUAGAAAUUUUGCAGUACAGUAAUCAUUUCUUUCAGGAGCGGUAUUUACCAUUUAUAAUGUAUACCGUUGUUUGAAGAUCGUUGAAGGAUUCCAGUAGAAGAGUUUUUUGGCCAAAAACAGCAUAUUUACUAUACAUUGUUGUCUGGCAAGUAAAGCCUGCUCCAGGAUUGCAGUGUAAUUGCUAAUUUUGUGAAAAGAUGUUAAAAGACGGCCAAUAACGUGGAUCACGUUGAAUUUGGUUUUGUCGUGGAAACCCUUGCAUUAUUUGCUGGUUAAGUGCUGGAAAUGGAGGAAAGGAGUGGAAUUUUGAAAUUUUUAGUCGUUUUUGCUGUGAUAUGGUGUCGUGGAAUAGUGGUUUUUGCGCAGCAGCAGAAUGAGACAGUGUCUCUUUAUGUCGAUGCAGGGCAACCCGUCAGAACAAUUCCUUCAACUCUUUUUGGAAUCUUUUUUGAGGAGAUCAAUCAUGCUGGAGCUGGUGGGUUAUGGGCAGAGCUUGUAAGUAAUAGAGGAUUUGAAGCAGGGGGGCCUAACACACCAUCAAAUAUAGACCCAUGGUCCAUUAUUGGGGAUGUGAAAUCUGUAUUGUUGGUGACAGAUCGUUCAUCAAGCUUUGAGCGCAAUAAAAUCGCACUGCGGAUGGAAGUCUUCUGUGACAGUGAAGGAACAAACCAGUGUCCUGAGGGUGGCGUUGGAGUUUAUAAUCCCGGCUACUGGGGAAUGAAUAUUAUAGAAGGUGAAUCCUAUCAUGUUGUUUUGUGGAUAAUGUCAACUGGGUCAGUUAAUCUUUCUGUUGCUUUCACAUCUUCAGAUGGACUGCAAAUCUUGGCUUCUUCAACUAUCAUUGCUACCAGUGAUGAAAUGCAAAUUUGGACAAAAAAAGAAUUAAUUUUGAAAGCUACAGCAACAGAUCAUUAUGCUAGGCUUUCCUUAACAAGCUCAAAAAAGGGUAUUAUUUGGCUGGAUCAAGUAUCUGCCAUGCCAGUGAACACAUUCAAGGGGCAUGGAUUUCGGAAGGAUCUUGCAGAGAUGCUAGCUGGUCUCAAGCCUCAAUUUAUUCGAUUCCCAGGUGGUUGUUACGUGGAGGGAAACUGGCUUAGAAAUGCAUUUCGUUGGAGAGAGUCAGUUGGACCCUGGGAAGAGAGGCCUGGUCAUUUUGGUGAUAAAUGGAACUAUUGGACCGAUGAUGGCCUUGGGUACUAUGAGUUCCUUCAACUUGCUGAGGAUCUAAAUGCACUGCCAAUAUGGGUCUUCAACAAUGGUAUUAGCCACACAGAUCAGGUUUCAACUUCAAGUAUUGGGCCUUUCAUUCAGGAUAUCUUGAAUGGUAUUGAAUUUGCUAGAGGCCCUUCAGAUUCAAAAUGGGGUUCUGUCCGUGCAACUAUGGGGCAUCCCAAUCCUUUCAAUUUAAAGUAUGUUGCUAUUGGAAAUGAAGAUUGUGGUAAACAAUAUUACCUAGGAAAUUAUAUGAAAUUUUACCGUGCAGUAAGAAUGUUUUAUCCUGAUAUCAAAAUUAUCUCCAACUGUGAUGGAUCUUCUCAACCACUUGAUCAUCCUGCUGACAUGUAUGAUUUUCAUAUCUAUACAUCAGCAAGCAACAUCUUUUCUAUGACCCAUAAAUUUGAUCGUACAAUGCGAACAGGACCGAAGGCCUUUGUGAGCGAAUAUGCUGUGACCGGAAAAGAUGCUGGAAAAGGCAGUUUAUUGGCGGCACUAGGGGAAGCUGGCUUUCUUAUUGGAUUAGAAACAAACAGUGAUGUUGUGGAGAUGGCAAGCUACGCACCACUGUUUGUCAACGCCAAUGACCGCAGAUGGAACCCAGAUGCUAUUGUAUUUGAUUCAUGGAGGCAAUAUGGAACUCCAAGCUAUUGGGCACAACAGUUAUUCAAGGAGUCGAGUGGUGCUACACUUCUAUCUGUUUCAAUUCAAGGAAAUGCUUCAUCUGGAUUGGUUGCUUCUGCAAUAAGGUGGAAAAGCUCAGAGAGUGAAGAUGAGUACAUAAGAGUAAAGGCUGUAAAUUUUGGUAGCAGUGAGCUGACGCUUGGCAUCUCGAUAACCGGUUUACUUUCUGGUAAUAUCAAAUUUUCUGAUUCAAAAAUGACCAUUCUUACAUCUACUCAUGUGAUGGAUGAAAAUUCAUUUGAUCAACCAAAAAAGGUUGCGCCUAAUGCAGUCACACUGAAAAAUGCUGAAACUGAUACAAGUAUUCUUGUGCCUUCACAUUCUGUUAUUUCACUUGAUCUGCCAAUUAAUUUUGCUCUGCAUUCAGCAAUAUGAGACAAUUUACACAUUUUGGCUCCUGCAAUACUGGUUGCAGAGAGCAACAAAUCUACCCAGGCUUAUGUGCGGGUUUCCCAUAAUGUGUUUCUACAGCACCAGUUAGGAUGACUUGGCAAUUCCUAAAAUUCCUGUCAUAGAAAUAGGAAAUAAUUCAGCAGAAGACUUGGAAAGUGGAAGGAAAUGCUUUAAUUUUUAAAUGCUGCCUUGUAUUGGGGAUGACAAUCUGAAGCUUUUAAGAUCAGGAUAACAAAAUGAAUGAAUGUUUUUAAUCACGUCCAUGAGGCCAAGCAGCCUAUGGGACCCACAUAUAGCCAGAGAAAAACCUGUACACCUAAAACACGACACCUAUAUUUCCUUUUCUUUUUGCAUCUUGGAUCUUCUACUGUGUAUCUUGACCAAAAUAUCUGCAACCCUUAUUAUCUUCUCUUCUUCAAACAAAUUAUCCAAGCUGUUCAUUUUUAAUGUCUCAAUAUAAUUGAUCGGGAUAUCCUUGUACACUGAA